CAAGGGAACCAGCGUGUUGUGUUUCGAUAUCGUCUACCUUUGUUCUCUUCUUAAUGAUGCUAUAGUUGACCGCUCGGGAUUUGGUCUUGUUGAUUUUUGCCUACCAAGGUUACGUAACUGUUGGAUUCCGCUUGUUUGAAGAGCAUGUUCGACUGCCAUGGCAUCUGUACGAAUUUGUGUCUGCGGAGAUGAGGGCACGGGCAAAUCCAGUCUCAUCACGUCGCUAGUCAAAGACAUUUUCGUUACGAUCAAGAUCCAAUCCGUCCUUCCUCAAGUCACAAUUCCCCCGACCAUUGGCACUCCAGAGAAUGUGACGACUACGAUCGUGGAUACAUCUGCCCUUCCUCAAGAUCGCGAUGCGCUUAGAAGGGAAAUAAGGAAAUGCAAUGUUAUUCUCUUGGUCUAUUCCGAUCAUUAUAGCUAUGAGCGAGUCGCGCUAUUCUGGAUGCCUUAUUUCCGUUCCCUCGGCGUUAACGUUCCUGUCGUGUUGUGCGCGAACAAGAGCGACUUGGAGACCAAUGGCACUACUCCUCAGGUUGUCGAGGAUGAGAUGCUUCCGGUUAUGGCCGAGUUUAAGGAGUUGGACUCUUGUAUUAGAACAAGCGCAAGGGAGCACUACAAUGUCAACGAAGUAUUUUUCCUGUGUCAGAAGGCAGUCACACAUCCGAUAGCACCUCUUUUUGAUUCCAAAGAAUUUUCUCUCAAGCCCGCUGCUGUCGCCGCGCUACAGCGAAUAUUCUACCUGUGUGAUAAGGAUCAGGACGGGUAUUUGAACGACAAGGAAAUACACGACUUUCAAAAUAGAUGCUUCGAGCGACCAUUGUCUCUGGAUGACCUUGAGAAUAUCAAGCUUUCUAUCCGAAAAACAUUGCCAGACUCUGCGACUGAGCGAGGAAUUGAUGUGCAUGGCUUCCUUCAACUCAAUAAGAUAUUUGCGGAAAAGGGCCGUCAUGAAACAAUCUGGAUAAUUCUUCGAAAAUUUCACUACACGGACAGUUUGAGCCUCAAGGAUACAUAUUUACACCCUAGAUUCGAAGUCCCCCAAUAUUCCUCUGCAGAGCUUAGCCCGGCAGGUUACCGCUUUUUUGUCGAUCUCUUCCUUCUCUUCGACAAAGACAACGAUGGCGGUUUAAGCGAUUCUGAAUUGGAGCUUCUCUUUGCGCCGACGCCUGGAUUGCCCGAAUCGUGGGCGGAUUCGUCUUUUCCUUCAUCAACUGUUCGCAACGAAGCAGGACAUAUCACGCUGCAAGGCUGGCUCGCACAGUGGAGUAUGACCACCUUCGUCGAACCCAAGACCACACUAGAGUAUCUUGCAUAUCUCGGAUUUGAAACGUCCGAACGGGGCGGUAUCACCACUGCUCUAAAGGUUACGAAACCGAGAAAGCGUAGGCGCCGACCGGGAAGAGUGGAACGGAAUGUCGUUUUAUGCUACGUCCUGGGCGCUAGCCAUAGCGGAAAGAGCUCACUUCUCGAUGCGUUUCUGAGUCGUCCAUUUAGUCCCACCUUUCACCCCACUAUCAAACCCCGAACCGCCGUCAAUAGCGUAGAACUACCUGGAGGAAAGCAAUGCUAUCUCAUAAUGCAAGAGCUGGGAGAGUUAGAGCCAGCUAUACUUGAGAAUCAAGCAAAGCUUGACGUGUGCGACAUCAUAUGCUAUACUUACGACUCUUCCGACCCAGACAGUUUUGCCUAUAUUCUGGAGACUAGAAAAAAGUAUCCACAGCUGGACGAGUUGCCCACUGUCUACGCCGCAACGAAAGCCGAUCAAGACAAGACAGUCCAGCGCACAGAAUUUCAGCCGGACGAAUACACAAACGACAUGAAAAUGGCUGCUCCACUGCACGUCAGCGUAACUUGGAGCUCUAUUUCCGAACUCUUUGUGCAUAUUGCGGAGGCGGCGACGUACCCAUCCAUAGGGUUUCCCAAACCGGAUGAAGAGCCGGUGGAUCGAACCAAUCUUUACAUUGCAUUCGGAGCGACGCUGUGCGCUGCAGCGGCGUUUGUGAUGAUCUGGCGGAAAACGUUUGGGCCACCACUGUGAAGUGGAAUAAUUAUGCUCUAAAUUUUCAUGCAUCAUACGUUAGUGUCUACACGAACCACUGCGGGGGAAGAGAGACCUAAGACCACACCCUGGCCCGGAAUUACGGAGCAGAAUGUGCUUGAACAAGGAGUUGGGGGGAAAAUGGAACUCUGAGAAUCUAUGGGCCGAAAAUAUCGUUACUGAGUUUACAUGUUCGUAGCUUGUUGAAUGUUAGGAUAAAAUUCUAUAGGGCCAUGGGCAUCUUCACGCGAGGAAUAGUAGAAGAUAACUGAGACAAAGUCAAUGCGAUUCAUCUAGGUUCUAGGAUACGACUUCUUAGAGCCGUAUACAAGUAACUAAAGGAGAG